CCGGGCCGUCUUCUCCAUCAGGCUCAUUGUCAGCUCCAAAUGUUUCCCCCCCUUCUCCCUAUCUUCUUCUCCCACCGAACAACACCAUCGCAGAAGAAACCCAGACAAGUCAUCUCUUCGGACAGGCUGUUGUGAAUCUCGGGGCGUUUCCUUUUGGGUUUACGGCCGUUUUCCAGUUCAUCUUGUCUUUCUUGACUAUUUUGCUGUUUAGUUCAGGUCAUCACUGCAGUUCCCCUUCUUCUUUUACUUACCUAGUUCCCCUUGUCGGUUAUUCGACUGACCGUCACCAACCCAUCAUCCCUGUCCUCUACUGUUCGCAUCAACGGGAGCCAUCCUCGUCCCCCGUCUCCGCAUCGUCAUCGUCCCUGGCUUCAGCUGCUGUUCGCCGGCUCAACAACGAUCGCGUGUCUAGACCCCCGAUACACGCCGAGAUCUCCAGCCAUCUACGACAGUGCCAUUCCGUUCAGAUUCCUUCCAUUUCGUGGGCGCAAAGUUUGUCUGUGCACCCAACAGUCUCCUACCCACAGCGAGUCUGCUCCACCGAACGGCCUCCGUUUGCCAUCCCAUCUUGCGCUACCGCACUGCGCCCGCCCGCCUGUAACUACUAUAAAACGAGCUACAAGAACGUGGCCGAGACUCGAGCAAUCUUCUUCCGUCGCAUCUUUCGCGCGGGGUCAAUUUUCUUUUUGCAAUAAGAAGUCUGCAUCUCCCCGACUGUGAUCGGUCAGGUCUUCCUUCUUGCAAGCUUAUUCAGUUUCCAGUCAAAGUCCGCUGGAAAUUACAGUCGCAGACGCUCCCGUAGUCGUCUACAAUCACUGCCUCACCCCAUCGUUUCAACAGCUGCUUAUAGUGGGGCCUGCUUCGCCAAGGAGGGUCUCUGCGCUGCUCGUCCCCCAAUCAUCGCCAUCGCCGCUCUGCUCGUUGAUUUCUACCAGAUCCUCGACCAUUUCUCCGACAUGGCUGACGUUGGCCCGCCUCCCACCACCGGACAGCUUCCCCCUCCACCUCAACCAAACGCAGGCGCGCCCGGCUACGAGAACGGUCAAAACAACAACGCGAAUUCCGCACACAUGCCUCCUCCGCCGCUGCACAUCCCGCAAAACACCAAUCCCAUCCCUACGGCGAUUACGUCGCCCAUGGGUGGGAACGGUGACACGAGCGGCAUCAUGUCGCCCACCAGCGCCGGCAACCCCUUCGGCCGCCGCGCCGCCCCCGAGCCGAACAAGCGCGCUCUCUACGUCGGCGGCCUUGACCCUAGGGUCACCGAGGACGUCUUGAGACAGAUUUUCGAGACGACUGGCCAUGUCCAGAAUGUCAAAAUUAUUCCCGACAAGAACCAAAAGGGCUACAACUACGGCUUCGUUGAGUAUGAUGAUCCCGGUGCGGCUGAGCGUGCUAUGCAGACGCUCAACGGUCGGCGCGUGCAUCAGUCCGAAAUCCGUGUCAACUGGGCCUACCAGUCGAACAACCAGAACAAGGAGGAUACUUCGGGCCACUUCCACAUCUUCGUCGGCGAUCUCUCCAACGAAGUCAACGACGAGGUUCUGCUUCAGGCCUUUUCUGCCUUUGGCUCCGUCUCCGAGGCUCGAGUCAUGUGGGACAUGAAGACUGGUCGCUCCCGCGGCUAUGGCUUCGUUGCUUUCCGCGACCGUCCCGAUGCCGAGAAGGCUCUGAGCUCUAUGGAUGGCGAAUGGCUUGGAUCUCGUGCCAUUCGUUGCAACUGGGCCAACCAGAAGGGUCAGCCUUCCAUUGCUCAACAGCAAGCUAUGCAGCAGAUGGGUCUUACUCCCACCACUCCUUAUGGCCACCACCACUUCCCUACCCACGGAGUUCACAGCUAUGACAUGAUUGUCGCCCAGACCCCUGCUUGGCAGACGACCUGCUAUGUCGGCAACCUGACUCCUUACACCACUCAGAAUGACCUCGUGCCCCUUUUCCAGAACUUCGGCUACGUCGUCGAGUCUCGUUUCCAGGCCGAUCGCGGCUUUGCAUUCAUCAAGAUGGACACUCACGAGAAUGCUGCCAUGGCCAUCUGCCAGCUUAAUGGGUAUCAGGUCAAUGGUCGGCCUUUGAAGUGCAGCUGGGGCAAGGACAAGACGCCCAACCCUCAACAGUUCGACCCAAACCAGCCUUAUAGCCCUCAGAGUGCCCAGACGCCUGGUUAUCCCGGCACUCCCUCCACUUAUUUCAAUAACUAUGGCAACUCUUACCCAGGCCAGCAAGGUAACUACAACGGCCCUCAAGCUCAGUCACCUGCCGGCUACGGCUCCCAGAUGGGUUACAACGGCCCGCCGAGCGCUGGUGGUUAUGGCCGUGGUCAGCCCGGUCCCAACGCCCAGUGGAACCAGCCGUCCCCAGCCCAGAACUUCGGCAAUGGGUUUGGUGGUUACCAGGGCUAGAAGCCUAAGAAGCCUCGGUGAGCAGUUGCUUAGUAGUGGUCACAGCAUGGGCCACGUCUCUUUUCCGUUCUAUUGAAACGCCUUUGCCAUGUGGUGGAAAAGUUAAUGGCUUUCUCAGCUCCAACUAGAGGUGGGAGGCUUUGCGGCUGCAUUCGUGUUAGGAUGGUUCUUUUUCACACAUCCAGGAUGGAAAAAAAUCCUCGCUCAAGUCCGGUUGAUCAAGGACUGGAUUUUGGAACUGGAAGUCAUUUUGUUGGGAAUUUGGGAGCCUGUCUUCUUUACUUCUCUGGUCUCAUGUAUCACUCACUGCUCUUCCUUCUUUUCUUUUAUCUCUGACCUGUCAAGUUUCGAAUGCGUUUUCUUUCUCGCGCUUUCUUCUCUAUCUUCGUUUCUCUGAGUGAUUCCCACGGGCCAAUGGUUCUUUCUGCAAGUUCUUCUCCGUUUGGGUUUUGUGUAAUUUCCUUCGGUUUUCUCUCCUCUUCUCUCAAGCUACGAUCGAAACGUCUUAUCUUACUCUACACUUCUACGUUUGCUAGGUGUUUCUCUCUCGUCUUCCUGAUGAUAUGUUUCCAAAAUCUUUCCAACGCUGGAUACCAGAUUUUCACAAAAGUUAAGUCAGUUUCGAGGUCUUUUACCAGAACACGUCACGACAAGAUCUCUUCUUCCCUUUGGCGGUUCUCCAAUUUCGUCUCCUUCAGCAUUUCAAUUCGAUGUGUACGCAAGAUUCAAGGCGGCAUUUUUCUUCCGAUAUACCCAUUGCGCGUUUCCUACCGUUGUAUUUUCGUGGGCCUUUGGAUGUUUCUUAAACAGAUACCCAUUUUCCACGUUCCGUUUUCCGGUACGCGAUUUCAUCUCACGUAGCAUCAUGUCCUUCAAAAUGUACGUUAUACCCUUGAAGGACUUAGUAAAUGAGGAGGGUAGACUUGUAUGAGUCUUUGUAUAGAAUUGGAUGUCCAACAAGCCUCUAGAUCGCCGUUUAAAACUUUUGGACUGGAUCCAGAUGACCUG